UUUGAACAUGGCAUUCAGCGCUUUGCAUAAGGAGUACAUUAAACAAAUUGAUGCAAUGUAGAGACAAUGCAAUCCUUCAAUGCAAAGCUCGGUGUACAUCCGGAGGUUGGCCUCAGGCAGGGCUCGGAAACAGGGUGGCGAGCCCGAGGCGGCGAAAAUGGGAAUGCUGAAGAAGUUCACGAGGGGGCUGGGGCAUUCGUUGUACCCAAUAGGGAUAAUUGGAGGGUGUGUUGUGCUGGCUAUAAUGAUCGCAGGUCACACAGGGAUGCAGCAUUUCGUGCGGUCGCCGAUAGUGCAUGUCACCAAGAAGAAUAGGGGCUCCAUGCCGGAGGUAGACAACCCGGACGCCUACAUCCGAGCCGGCGACAACUUUGUCAACAAAUCCUUCCUCCGUAAGGUCGGCCACCUGCAGGAGACACAGUAUGGCGAAUCUGGAGGCGCCAAUAUAUACACGCGCUCUCGUGAAAGUGAUACUUUGAGAACGGUUGGAGUGGUUGAGAAGAAGUAGACAGACGGAUGAUGCGUCUGUGUUCUUGUUAAUCUAAUAAAUAAGUCGAGUGGAAGUUUUGAUCUAUUGUAGUUAAGUUGAUUUAUAGUAUUAGCUUGUCUUGUAAAGGUGCAUUUGCACGACAG